UGACUUAAUAAUUGUUGCAAGCAACAACAAUUUCAAUUUCUACUAUUUAAGUUUGGCCACAAACAUAUCCUAAGUUUAAUAGCUUAGACAUUAUGGAAGAAUCAUCACAAUCAGAAUCUGUUGCCACCCCAAUUACUCCACCACCACAAUCUCCACCUCAACUUCGAGAGCUUUCUCAUUUCGUCAAAGAAAAGGAACCAGAGAACCAAGGCACAUCAACCAAUAUUGUUAAACAAGAGUACACCCAAGAUUUUUUUCAACCUAAAGAUCAUGCUACUUCUUCACUCGAUCAAAUUCCUGAUGCUGGAACGGAUACAAAGGACUCUGUCGACAGAGAUACUGUGCUAGCAAGGGUUGAAUCACAAAAAAGAUUGGCUUUAAUUAAAGCAUGGGAAGAAAAUGAGAAGACAAAAGUAGAGAAUAGGGCAUUUAAGAUGCAAUCUGCCGUUGAUUUGUGGGAAGAUAAUAAGAAAGCAUCUAUUGAAGCAAAAUUCAAAGGAAUUGAGCAGGUAAGAUUGGACAAAAAGAAGACUGAAUAUGUUGAAAUAAUGCAAAACAAAAUUGCUGAAAUUCAUCACUCAGCAGAAGAAAAAAAGGCAAUGAUUGAAGCACAAAAAGGAGAAGAAAUUCUCAAAGUAGAGGAGACAGCUGCAAAGUUUCGAACACGUGGCUAUGUGCCAAGAAGACUUCUUGGAUGUUUUGGUUUAAAGUUGUUUUAAAUACUAAACAAUGAAUUUCAAGUGAAUUUGAAAUCAAAUCCUUAUUACUGAUAAUUAUUUAUAUUUAGUAUUUGAUGUGUUUUAAAUAUGAUUGUCUUUGAUAAAAAAAAUCUGUAGAAAAAAAAUACUUUCACUAGUUUGUUUAUUAUCGUUAUACAUUUUGAAUUUGUUUCUUGUAUCGUUUGAUUUCUACGUAGUUGUUUGUAAUAAAAGUUAGACAAUGAAAUUUGCAUUUGAAAAUAAAA